AUUACUCCAGUGUUACUUUCAGUAUCACAUGAUUCUUCAGAAAUCAUUCUAAUAUGCUGAUUUGCUGUUCAAGAAACUUUAUUAUUAUUAUCAAUAUUUAAAACACUACAUUUUUUCAGGAUUCUUUGAUGAAUAUAAAGAUUCAAAGAUCAGCAUUUAUAAAAUAAAAAGCUUUUCAUAAAAAUCACAGGAAUAAAUUACAUUUUAAAAUAUAUUCAAAUAAAAAAGCAGUUAUUUUAAAAAGUUUUUGCUAUACGUUGGAUCAAAUAAAUGCAGUCUUGGUGAGCAGAAGAGACUUUUUUAAAAACACUAAAAAUCGUACUGUUCAAAAACUUUUGACUAGUAGUGUAUAUUCAAUGAAUCAAUGAAUCGCAUACUUGUCACAAAAUGAUUCUUUCACAUAUCUGACUGAACAGCUUAUCCACUAAUCGAAAUGAUGAGUCGGUUUAACCGGUUCUUGAAUGAACAACUGACUCACUGAAUCCAGAACUGUAUUUUUUAUCUACUUUCGAACAGGUUCUUUCAAACGAACCGCUCGAAAGAACCGAUUCGCCCGAAUGAUUCAGACAUCCUAUCAUGAUUGCUUCACCUUGGGUGUAACAGUAGCCUACAAAUGGGAACUUUGCGUAUUUGCAUAAAGAUAAAAAACGGACCAAUGGCGUUAAAUUUGUCUACCUGAGCAAAUCCUAGACAACUUCCAGCCACAGAGCAGAAAGUCUCACACAGAGGAUAUUUGCGGACUAUGGUUUAAGUGUACACUACAUAUUUCAUCAUGGCUUGUGGUGGGUUUGUUUGCUCCAGAACCUCUCUUUGCAUCUUGAACCUUAUUUACGUGAUGGUCAGUCUCCUCAUGAUUGGUGUUACAGCAUGGGGAAAAUGGUUCGGACUGGUCUCUAGUUUCAGGGUGAUGGCUGCUGUCAUCGCAGUUGGACUGUUUCUCUUCGUCGUGGCCAUUAUGGGAUUGUGUGGAGCUAUGAAGCAUCAUCAAGUCCUCUUGUUCUUUUACAUGCUCAUUCUCUUCAUGGUGUUCAUUGUGCAGUUUUCAGUAUCAUGUGCCUGCUUGGCGAUUAAUAAAGAACAGCAGAACCUUCUCUUGGAGAUAGGAUGGAAUAAGUCUGAAUCAAUGCAGACGGAUUUGGAAAAAUCGCUGAAUUGCUGCGACUUCCUUCAAGUGAACUACAAUGACAGUAAAUGUGAAGCUGCAUGUUUCAAGGAACAAAAAUGUAGUCCAUGUUCAGAAAUAAUUCAGGCCUACGCUGACGACGCGCUUCAGUUUGUUGGAGGAGUCAGUCUGUUUUUCAGUUUUACAGAGAUUCUGGGCGUCUGGCUAGCGUAUAGAUACAGAAACCAGAAAGAUCACCGGCAAAAUCCUGGAGCUUUUAUUUAAAGCACAGACAUAUUCAAGACUUUCAUCUAUACUGAAUUUUUGUUCCUGAAUAGACUUUUUUUAAUUAAUCUUUUUUUUGUAAUUUAUGAUCUUGAUAGCACUCCAUUUCUUCUUUUUUAAAGGAUAUGAUAACAGAUGUUCUGUUAAAUGUUUAUUUGUUGAACAGCCAUUAUGAUUUUCAUCUUGCUGGCGUUUACAAAUAUUUAUUAUCGCUUAUUAUGCAAGUACUGGGCUUGAACUUUGAUCGCAAUUGAACAACUCUUACAAUGAUAAAGAGUUGCUAAAGAAACUUGAAAUAAAUUUUAAAAAACGAAAGACAUUAAAAUGUAUCUUCAUUUCUGAUUAUAAGUCAAACUACAGAACCUUCAUAAGGAACCAAAAAAACACUUCCUGCUUCUUAAAUCAAACAAAACGGUUAUUGCAUUAAGCUCAGUUACUCAGUAAUGAGUUUGCACACCGAAACUAAAACUUAAAACUACACCCAACCCACUUCCACAUCACUCUGAUCAGGAUGUGACCAGGAACGACUACAUCAUCUGUUUACAUUCCACAU